CCCGGGGUUGCAAAAAUAGAGCUCCUUCUCUUUCCUUUCCUUUCCCAGCCGCAGCUGAGGGAAGGGGAAGAUUAGAAAGGAAGGAGAAGGAAGAACAAGGAUCAAUUAAAGCUCCGUAGAUUCUCGUAUAACUAACACUUGGAAGUAGCAAUCAAAAUCCAGGUCGGGAGAGGGCGGCGCGCGGCGAGCGACGGUGUGGGUGGUGGUGGCCGGCCGGCGGGGGAAGCGCAGCACACGGCCCUUCUCCCUGCAUGCUGCCUUGAUCCGAUCCGUUCGACCCCUUAUCCAGGAGGAAGAGUGUCAAUUCCGCACUGCAUGCCAAUGCCUUCCCCUGCCCCUGCCCUCGCCGCCGAGUCGUCGUCGUCCCUUCCCGCCUGCGACUGCUGCUACUGACUCGAUCGAUCUGGAUGUAGCAGCUAGCUAGCUAGCUCUCGAUUUGACAUGUUGUUGUAACAAGCCAGAAACACGAACCAAGCCGGCCGUUGCCACCGUUACCAUCACCACCACCGGAUGGCGAUUGCGGUCGGCCACUGCCACGGCCUCAAGCCGCCCGCCGCCCGCGGCCGGCACUACCGCCCGCACUCCGUCGCCCAGCUCGACCGCCCGGCCCUCGACCGGGACCAUCAGGAACGGAAUGCCCUGUCACCGCAGCGCCGGUGUCUCUCCUCUCCGUGCUUCACCACCGUCUUCGCACCCGCCUCGGAAGACCAGGGAGCGGAGCCCGCCGGCGAAGAGGAGAAGAUGCCCCGCGUGGAGAUCGUCGCGGGCCGCCACGCCCGCGGCGUGCACGCGCUCAUCGCGGAGGCCGCGGGCGCCAUCGCGUCGGGGACACGGCUUGUGCCGGCUCAGGGUGGCCUUGGAGGGGCGCUGCUGCUCAAGGAUGGUCGCUCCGGCGAGCACGUUGCGGUCAUCAAGCCGCUCGACGACAAGUCCUCUCCGUCCAACGGCGGAGGCGGCUACGAGAGCAAGGCUGUGCUGCGGGAGGUGGCCGCCUACCUCCUCGACCACGACGGAUUCGCCAGCGUCGCGCCGACGGCUAUGAUCAAGAUAUCCCGCCCCACGAUGGAGACGACAGUGGCGUCCAUCCAGCGCUUCGUGGCGCACCACUACGACGCAGGCGAGCUCGGCCCGUCGCGGUUCUCCGUGCAGUCCGUCCACCGCGUCGGCAUCCUUGACGUCCGUCUCCUCAACAUCGACCGCCACGCCGGCAACAUCCUCGUCAAGAAUCCGCCAACCGGGGACGGCAGCUCGUCGGCGGUGCCGCUGGAGCUCGUGCCAAUUGACCACGGCCUCUGCCUCCCGGAGCAGCUCGACGACCCGUAUUUCGAGUGGUUGCACUGGCCGCAGGCGUCGCGGCCGUUCUCCAGCACCGAGCUGGACUACAUUGCGUCGCUGGACCCUUUCAAGGACGCCGAGAUGCUCCGCGUAGAGCUGCCGUCCCUGACGGAGCCGGCCAUUCGGAUCCUCACCCUGUGCACCAUAUUCCUCCAGCGCGCCGCCGCGGCAGGGCUCUGCCUCGCUGACAUUGGCGACAUGAUGACCCGCGAGUUCUCAUCGAUGGAGGAGGGGCUGAGCGCGCUCGAGGCCCUCUGCAAGAAGGCAGUGGACUCCAUCGACGCCCAGUCUCUGAAGAGCGUGUCAUUCGGUGAGCUGAGCAGCGAGGAGUGGACGACGUUCCUGGAGAAGUUCGAGAAGCUGCUGCCGCCGGCGUUCGAGGCCAAGAAGAGCAGGCCGGCGUCGCAUUGAAUUAAUGGCGAGGAGCGUACGUGUGCUGCGACGUACCAUUUGCACGCAGGGUUGUGUACUUGUAUACAUACGGUGUGGCGGUCAUUUUAACCAAAGAGGAGCCUUGUGUGUUAUACGUCUGUUGUCGAGGCAGUAGAACCAUCUUCCGACGAUGCUGACACCAAGUUGUAGCAAUGCAAACACGAGGCAUUGGACAACAAACAUUAACUGCAAUAUCUCGGCGGCCCCAUUGAUGUAUCAUCCUUAAUUUUACAAUCUAACUUUUUAGGGUUAGGGAGUGAUUA